AUGCUACUUCCACGGGCAUGGCUUCACCUUCAGCCUCAGGCUUUACCUUCAUUCAUCGACAGUCGACCAUUGCUUCCUGCUUCCCUUCCUGCACAUCGCUUCCGCCCUGUUGGCCACUGCUCCCUCUUCCCUCUUCCGCCUUCCUGCUGCUUCCAGCUUCCUGCUUGCUUGAAUCUUGAUUCCUGCAGUGCACCUGACCGUGCACUGCCACCUACGGCUGCCGAUUGCGUCUAUUGCUACUCCAAAUUGGUUGAUGAGUCUAGUGACGUGUCUAAGAAAGAACAAAUGGCGGUGGUUUUACGAUAUGUUGAUGCACGUGGUAUUGUUAAGGAGAGAUUUUUUGGUAAGAUGGCAAGCUGUUGUGGUGGUUUGCGCAAUGUGGUGAAUGCUUUGUCCAAGCUUAAAGACAUGCUUCUACAAAGUUACAAAGAUAGAGUGCAAGAAGCAAUUGGUAAGUGUGAAAUUGAAACUGGAACAAAGAAAUACCAAGAGCUUUCUCUUAUACGAGCCGGAGAUACACGGUGGGGUUCUCAUUACAAAACCAUUUUGAGGUUGAUUGCUUUGUUUCCGAAUGUUGUUGAAGUGCUCAAGUGUGUUGAAGAAGACGUGGAUAAUGGUUUUAAUCGCACUCAAGCAACUGAUUUAUUGAAGUUGAGCGAGUUGUAUCCUCAUGAUUUUAGUCGUAUGGAAAAGAUCGCUCUUGAGAAACAACUUAAAAUGUACUAUUUGAUUGUGCGUCAAGAUGAAAGAUUUGCUGAUUUGAGUGGUAUUGCCGAGCUCGCUAGAUUGCUAGUGGAAACAAAAAAACAUACAACUUAUCCUCUAGUAUAUCGGUUAUUAAAGUUAGCUUUGGUUUUGCCGGUUGAUGUCGCAACAGUCGAAAGAUGUUUUUCUGCUAUGAAGAUUGUGAAGUCAGAUUUGCGCAAACAAAAUCGGUGA